GAAGAACGCAGACACGCACAGCAAACCACUACGAUCACAUCGAUCGCAUCUUAUCUUAUCUCAAUGUGCGUUGUAAUCAUGUAGCUGGUGGCGAGCGGGAAUCGGAUGGGUGACCAACACCGGAGGGUGAAAGAACCUCGGAAAGAUCCCCUUCCCGCAACGCACGCAAAAUACGAGAAGAUAAAAGAUCUCAGUACUGGCGCAUUUGGAGUUGUUCAGCUGUGCCGCAACAAGAAGAGUGGUCAGCUCGUGGCGAUCAAGUUUCUUGAGAGGGGGCCCAACAAGAUCACAAAGCAUGUGGAGCGGGAGGUCAUAUGCCACAGCAACUUCUGCCACCCUCACGUCAUCCAGUUUAAGGAGAUCUUCUUGACUCCCACCCACCUGGCCAUCGCCAUGGAAUACGCCCCCGGCGGAGACAUGUUCCAGUUUGUGAAGAAGAACAGCGGCUUGAAGGAGGAGGAUGCUCGAUGGUUCUUCCAGCAGCUGAUUGUGGGGCUUGACUACUGCCACCGAAUGGGCGUGGUCAACCGCGACAUAAAACUGGAGAACACGCUGCUGGACGCCUCGCCCAAGCCGCUCGUCAAGAUCACAGACUUUGGAUACUGCAAGGCCAGCAACGACAGCCUGCCCAAGUCCAAAGUCGGCACCCCAGGCUACACAGCGCCGGAGGUGAUUUCGGCGAAGACGCACUACGAUGGCACCAAGGCGGACAUAUGGAGCUGCGGGGUGAUGCUGUACGUGAUGCUGUUCUGCGAGUACCCCUUUGAGCGGCCGGAGGACGACGCGGACAAGUACGGCUUCCAGAAGGUGCUGGACCGCAUCAUGCGCGUGGACUACCGCUUCCCCAAGUACCCCAGGAUCUCCGCCGAGUGCCGCGACCUGCUGCAGCUCAUCCUGGUCGCCGACCCCGACGAGCGCCUCACCAUCGAGCAGAUCCAAAGCCACCCCUGGUACAGGAAGGGGCUUCCGCCCACUGUGAUGAAGAUGAAUGAGGAGUGCCUGCGGCUGCGGCCGCAUGAUCACCCAGGGUACCAGACCGUGGCAGACAUCAAGAGGAUCGUGGGGCAAGCC